GCACGUCUGAUUGAAUGGGUGUGCUUUGCGGUGCUGCCCACCUGGAGAAGCUACACGAUAACCCCGUAUCAUGCUGCUAUAAAACCUGUACAGCCAUAAUCCACUACUCCGUAUGAAGCUGCUAUUGUUCUGGCUCCAUAGGUGCUACUAGUUUGCAGAUUCUCUAGUAUCUCUAAAUAUUAUUCAAAUGACAUCUAAUCUUUUCCUCUUCAUCAAACACUGUACCAAAGAAGGCAUUGACAGUAAACACCCCCAGCGGUUCGUCUUCUCAGCAAGAAUUUAAUGGUGGAAAUAGCGCGUGCUCCAACCUCAUUGCAGCGGGUAAUGAAUGCUACUGAUCCAGCCAGCCUUGGGGUGCUGGAUCAGUGGAACCAGCAACUAGCAGAGAUUGCAAUUGGGUUGCAGCAACAACUGGUGGGUCUACUUGCCCACCAGAAACCUGGCUACACACAGUCGCCGCUGCCGCGUUUACCAGCUGGGCAGAUAUCUGCGUCACAUGUAGACAUCACCCAUGUCGAUAUCCUUCAGCUUAUUCCACGUAGCGUGUGUCGAAGCGAUGCCAUUUAUGGAAUACGUCGAGUAUACACUCUGGAUUGCUCGAGAAACAAAAGAUGCUCGUUAAAGGGCCACCUACAAAAGUUUGACAUCAACAAGUCCAUGAUAAUCAAUUCGCACCCGGUCAGUACCCGGAUCGACGAGUUCUUUAUUGAGAGUAGCUACGCGGAGACAUUCAUUCAAAAGAUGAUUGAUGGCAAGGCUGCUUCGUCUAUCGGCAUCGAUCCGGCCAGUAUAAUCUGUCGGGAAGUCCGGCAGAGUGGACAGAAACCGUCUUCAUCAUACUACUGCGGGAUGCUUCAAAGUGCAUACUUGGUCAUCAAAAAUGCUAGCCACACCAGGGCCCUAGAGUACAUCGCAGCAUACACAAAAGAGAUUGGUGUUGGGAUACCAGUGCACGAGAAAUAGCUGGCCAAGACGGACUGGCCCGAUGCACUCUAUCCUAUGGGUCCAUCGUGGUAUUACUCGCCUGCCGCAAUGGCUACACAGCAGGGGCUGGUGUAGUAUUAGUCCCCCUCCCCAUAAAGUCGCACUCAUCACGCUGCUAUCAAAAGACAGUAUUGGCGUUUGCCGGCGCAUCAUUUUUA